UCUUGCAACACGACAGCCUCAAAAACAUUUCGAUUUUAAUGUCAUGGCGCGGGUGUAACUACGCGCUCCGCUCGUUUCGUGUGUUGCUACAAUUUCGCUUCUACCACUCAUUCUCCUUUUUAAGCAUUUUCCGCUGACCGAACGCAAACAUGUGACUCUUGCACAAUCGCACUACAAACAACACAACUUCUUUGUUUUGUUUUGUUUUGUUUUUUCUUACUAUAAACUCUCAGGAACAUGCAUAACAAAGACAGCAUGGUGUAAAAAGGUACUACUUUUUCCUGGUUCAUGCUUCGGUGCAUCGGAAAGUGUGACGAUAACAGUAGCAACACAAAAAGAGUGAACAUCGGUAGAGUUGAGUAAGUUCAGUUCAAUCACCGUGAACUGUGAUGGCCUCGGUUGGGGGUUUUGUAGUCUCGCCCGUUGGUGCUGUAAGGUGCGUUACGAGGCACAGGGUUGGAGUUCGGGCGCAGAGUUUGGAGGGUGGAGGCUCGACGGUGCUGUCGUCGGAGUCUGUGAACGGAUCUUCGUCGGUGGUGGUGGUGGGGACGCAGAAGAAUCAUAAUGGUGGUUCGUUGGUUAAGGAGGAAGCGAAGGUUCGGUCGUUAGUAGUUGAGGAGAAUAAGAAGAAGAAGAAGGGUGAAACAGAAGAAGGUUUGGCAGCGCUUUGGGAUGAUGGGUAUGGGAGAAACAGUGUGGAGGAUUACUUUGCUGCAGCCAAGGAGAUUUGUAGAUCAGAUGGAGGCCCACCUCGGUGGUUUUGCCCAGUUGAAUGUGGGCCCCCUUUGAAGGAUUCUCCUACUCUUCUGUUUUUACCAGGGAUGGAUGGCACGGGAUUCGGUCUCACUUUGCACCAUCAAGCUCUUGGGAAGGUUUUUGAAGUUCGUUGCCUGCAUAUCCCAGUUCAUGAUCGAACACCUUUUGAAGGGCUGGUGAAACUUGUUGGAGAAGCUGUUAAGCAUGAACAUGCUUUAUCUCCAAAUAAACCAAUCUAUCUGGUAGGUGAUUCUUUUGGUGGAAGUCUAGCACUUGCUGUUGCUGCUCAUAAUCCAACUGUUGACCUGGUACUGAUAUUAUCCAAUCCAGCUACAUCCGUCGGCCAAUCUCAGUUGCAACCUUUGUUUCCUAUCUUGGAGGCUUUACCUGACGAACUGCAUGUUGCUGUUCCCUUUGUUCUGAGCUUUAUUAUGGGCGAUCCAGUGAAGAUGGCAUCAGUCAAUAUCGGAAAUAGGCUUCCUCCAGUCAAAAAAAUUGAACAAUUAUCAUACAACCUUACUGCAUUGCUACCAUGUCUUCCUGAGCUGGCUAAUAUUAUACCAAGGGAUACUCUUCUUUGGAAGCUGAAGCUUCUGAAGUCAGCUGCUGCAUAUGCUAAUUCGCGUCUUCAUGCUGUUAAAGCUGAAGUACUUGUACUUGCCAGUGGUAAGGAUAACUUGCUUCCCAGCACAAGUGAAGCUCAAAGACUUGCGGGAAUAUUGUCAAACUGCAAAGUUCGCGUCUUUAAGGACAGUGGACACACCCUUCUCCUGGAAGAUGGUAUUGGUCUAUUGACCAUCAUCAAGGGAACUUGCAUGUACCGUCCUUCACGGAGGCAUGAUUUGGUCAGAGAUUUCAUUCCUCCUAGUAUGACAGAAUUCAGAUAUGCAAUGGAUCAAGUGGUUGGGUUAUUUCGUUCUGUUACCGGAUCUGUAUUUUUCUCUACUUUGGAGGAUGGAAAGAUCGUAAAAGGUCUCUCUGGUGUUCCAGAAGAAGGUCCUGUCUUAUAUGUCGGUUAUCAUAUGUUGUUGGGGUUUGAGCUUAUCUCACUCACAGAUGGAUUUUUAAGUGAGAAAGGUAUUGCCCUUCGCGGAAUAGCCCAUCCGGAGCUGUUCUUGCCUAAAGUGGAGAGUUUUUCAUCUGAGUUUUCCAUGUUUGAUUGGGUGAAGAUAUUUGGUGGGGUGCCUGUUUCAGCAAGCAACCUUUUCAAAUUACUUUCAACAAAGUCACAUGUUCUUCUAUAUCCUGGUGGUGCUCGUGAGGCUCUCCAUUAUAAGGGGGAAGAAUACAAGUUGUUUUGGCCUGAUCAUCCGGAAUUUGUGAGAAUGGCCGCUCGAUUUGGUGCCACAAUUGUUCCAUUUGGAGCUGUGGGAGAAGAUGAUUUAGCUCAAAUGGUUCUUGACUACAACGAUUUAAUGAAGAUCCCCAUAGUCAACGAUUACAUAAGAGAUAUGAAUCGUGACUCAGUUAAGUUUAGAGAUGAGAGAAGUGGUGAAGUAGCAAACCAGAAUCUCUCUGUUCCUGUGCUUGCACCCAAAAUACCUGGUCGCUUUUACUUUCUGUUUGGGAAGCCCAUAAGAACAAAAGGCAUGGAAAAUAUGCUAAAAGACAGAGAAAAUGCCAACAAAAUAUACCUGCAGAUUAAGUCAGAAGUUGAAAGCAAUUUGAAUUACUUGAUCAAGAAGAGGAAAGAGGAUCCAUACAGGAAUUUCAUUGACAGAAAGAUGUAUCAGAUAUUUUAUCCUCCUGAAACUGAACCAACUCCAUCAUUUGAGCCCUAACAAAUGUUUUCAUUCACAUUACUGAUUCUUAUGUAAUCACAAUUAUUUGUGAACAGAUACAUGUACAUGGUCAUUAUUCUAAUAAAAUGUGGUGUUUUUUCUAUGUACCAAAAAUAAUGUAGCUUUCUUCAGAGUUCAUAA